AUGGCCCAGAGGGUGCUAGAUGUGCUAGAUGUGCUAGGCAUGCGAGUUACGUCCUGGUCGUGUGCUUCAGCACCAUUGGUCUAUUAUACCCAAACCGUAUGCGCCGGCAUAUCGAUCUCUGCAAAAGCUGCAUCGCCGGUCAGGGACUGGGGGCAUUUGAUGCUGUGCGGGUUGUACAUUAGAUGGCGGCGCGUCAACCGCCGCCAGUGGUGGGAGUGGGACCGCCCCUGCGUGGCAUCGGUUAUGAUUCCCAUCAGCCCCGUAUCGAGCCAGAAAUGCUCAAGUGCGCGGCUGCUAGGAUGGCCGGCAGAAAGGGGCAAGAUGCCGCACAAUAGCGUCGUCCCUAGGGGACCACUGAAACCGGUGAAAGUUGCUGUUCAGGAGGCAUCAAGAAGCUGUCGAGGCAAUCCCAGCAGCCCGGUUGAAAGUAGUGCGAUUCAUGGCCCAAGAGCGCUAAACACCCUUGGGAAUGUUGCUGCUACCGAUUACUUUAGGUUAGCCGUUCGUGAGGUGCUGGGGGAUCUGGCAGACGACGGCCCUGCGCAAUUGUGGACCCGCGUUGUCAAGGUGUGGAGCAGGGAGAACAGAAGAUGCCAGGCGGGGAUGAAUGAGGCAAGCUUGGUCAUCAUUGCCUGUUGCAGCAAUUGUCGCGAGCGGCACAUGUGGGAUUGA